AUGAAAGAAUCGCAAAGAGGGAAGGACAAAGAUGAGACACAAGAAGAGAAGGGGAAGAGGACAGAGAAAGAGUCUCGUUACCGGGGAGUUCGUUACCGGCCGUGGGGGAAGUACGCCGCCGAAAUAAGGAACCCGUACAGGAACAGUGCGCGUCUGUGGUUGGGAACCUUUGAUACAGGAGAGGAAGCAGCACGGGCUUAUGAUCGAGCUGCUUUCGCCUUUAAGGGUAAUCAAGCUAUCCUCAACUUCCCUGAGGAGUAUCUUCCACGAACCCUAAGGGUACCUGCUUCUUCUUUCCCUUCUUUUGAACCUUCUUCUUCUUCUUCUUCUUCUUCUUGUUCUCACGCUUCCAGUGAGGACAAAUACUUGAUCGAGUUAGAGUGUUUGGAUGAUUCGGUGUUAGAAGAGCUUCUCGGGUCACAACAGUCUGAACAAGGCACAAAGGGCAACAACUCAACAACACAUGAAAAUUAA